AUGGCUAACUGGAAGGAGCUGGGGGAAGUCCCGGAUUCGGAGGAUGAAGAUGGCUUCGAUAGCCAGGAGAUGGUGCCCCUACCUGGCCUCGAUUCGUUGACGAUCACAAAGACGAACCAGGCCGGCCUCGAGAAGGAAAGGGAACAGGUCAAAGAGAAUGAGAGCGCAGAAGAUAUAUGGGACGUUCCCGACUCUCAGGAACACGACCUACCCAUUCUCCCGAUCAAAACCGCCCGACAACCUACGACGACAUCACAACCAGUGGAACCACUUCUAAUCAACUCUUCACCACUGUCCUCGCCAUUAUCCUCACCACUGUCCUCACCAUUGUCGUCCGCACGCAGCGAUCGCAACCUUCCCCCCGUCGAUUCCCUCCCCCCCUCACAAGUUCCUACUGCGAACAUCGACUCUCAACUGCCGAACGAAGACCAACCGCAACUCGUGGGCCAGGACGAGAUAUCUAGAAGCUAUGAUGAGCUAUCGUCGCCACCUCCCGAAUUUCCCAGGAUCGUUUCAACCAUUAGGCCCUCGAUUUCUUUGCCGGAUGAACUCGAUCCGUUUCUUAUACAGAGUCAGGAGCUAGGCCGGGAUGCAGACCUCCAGGCAGACAGGCGAGCAGCUGUCCGCUAUGAGCGGUCCCUUCGCCCUCGCAAACCCAUCCAAGAACACCCAUACCUCCUCGAGAAUGCCCAAUACAGCAGCUUGCUCAGACAGAAUGGAGUCAAACCCUUGAGAAUGGCCCUGGAGGCAGAGAGGCGGAGACGGCAACAGGCUUCACAAGAUAAGGACUUUGAAGACGACAGCCAGGAGUCGAGAAUGCCAGAGGUAUCUGACGAAAGCCAAUUAAAUGGCCUGGCAGACUUCCUGGAUGGCAUUGAUAGCCUUGCUGUUCCCUCGCCCUCACCCCCCAAGACAUCACCCCUGAAUGAUCGUGCUGGGCCAAGCAGCCAAGCGAGUUCAACGGGGGAUACUGACGGUACGAGUCUGGUCGGGGAAGAUCUUCCUGCCCUGCAAGAUCUACUUAACCAACCACGCUCAAUCCCCAAGAAAGCUACCAAGCGAAAGAGUUCCCCUUCUCGUUCGUCGACGAGGAAACGAAUGAGACAUGUUAUUAUCGACAGUGACCCCCUUGAGCCGGCAUCGAUUUUGAGGUUGGUGACUGGAACCACCGACUCUCCGGCUGCCCAACGAAACUCGAGACGAAGCCCCGAACGACCCGAGCCUGAGAUUGACACGCCCCAACCCCAGCGACUGCGAUCUCCCACACCGACGCCAAGUGCUCGACUUGCUCACCAAUCGAUAACGCCUUCCACACUACGACCUUUGGUUGUCGAUAGCGACUCUGAAGACGAACUUGCUCAGCAAGACCCAGGCCCAAUGUCAACUGAUGGCGGUUCUGCAUCCGAGACCGAGUCCGAGAGUGGUUCAGAAGUGGUCCAUACCGUCAAACAUCGCAUCAGAGGCGUGCUUCCAGCAUCGUGGCUUCGGUUAGACCAGCAGGCUGGCCGAGCAAAACAACAAAAAGACUCUCACAAACGACAGGCAGAUCGUUCACCAGAACGAGAACAGAGACGCGGCGUCGCACAGAGACGACAAGCUACGUCAAGAGCUUCUACAACACCCCAGCUCUUUUUUGAGGACUCUGAUGACGAGAUACCCACCCCAAGACAGAGGACUACAGAUGAAGUCUUUCAUAACCAGACGAGGCUUGUGCUCCUGGAAGACCCUGGUUCGAUGUCAGUCCCCGAAGCGACAUGGUCAGACGAUGGGGCUUCAGUGGUCGAAGAUGAUCGGAUCGACCACAUGCUGCCAGGAAGGAAACGCCAAUUGAAGCUAUCAGAAUCCUUCCACGGUACCCCAAACCGGCCAAAGACAACCAAAAACCAACGAAAACAUACAUCUUCGAAGCCGCCCCGCCAACCCAAGAUCACUGGCAUGCUCAAUGAGUCUCAAUCCGAACCGUCAUCGGCAAGAGAACUCGUGAAGAAGAAAUAUCGACAACCGACAGUGGGGCGAAAGACAAAGAGCGGAAAGGGGCGCCGAUCACCAAAUCCUAACAAACCUGCUGCUGCCCCGCAUCUCAGUAUUCUAGAUGUAAUAGAACCGAACGCUCCUCGUUUCCUCAAGAUUGCCGCUCGAGCUGCCAAUCGACGCCAGGGCAUGGGAAGAUGUAGUCCUGGCAAGAAAUUGAUCAAACUCGGCACUCGAGAAGACCACGUGGAUGCUGUGUCAGUUCUGAAUAAUUGGAGGGCAGGGUCCAUCCCACAGCGCCAGUCAGUAUCUGCUGCAAAAAGGCAGAGGAAGACAAAGCCAAGACCACCGAAGAACCCCCUGAGCGAAACAUCCCCGAACAUCUCGACAGUUCAAAAACGCCAGCCACCACCAUCUUCAGGAGCACCUCGCCGGCUCGUUCGACACAUUACGAAUGGGGGAACCAUCAGCUACCAAUCCGAAAAAACAACUGAAGCCUCUUCUGUGAAGCGGCAACGUCCCCGGGCAAGCGGACAUCUUAGCCGGUCUGGCUCAGGUGUUGCGCGACCAGCUCAGCUGGAAAUGGAUGAAACAGACCAAACUAGCAACUUCCACUUUAACGCAACCAAAAGGCGCCUUGACCGUCUCUACCGGAAGCAACGAGAGGAUUGGUCGAACUCGAGCAUCCUGGCUCUCAAUGAUGGGACUACAGAUGUUGAAUAUCCUGCCAGCCCUCCGCCGGAGGAAAACCCUGUGCCUCUGCGCAUUGUAAUGCCACAGGAAUCCGAUCAGCGGAAGUCGCGUUAUCGGAAAAAGACCAGACCUCAACAAGUUGACAUUGAAGCACCCCAAUAUAGCCGAGCAAGCGACCCCAUCCUCGUCGAAGCGACCCCAGCACCAGAACCUAUUCAAGCAGAGACAGAGGGACAAAGACUCCGCGGGCUCGGACCAUACGGAACUCAGUACACCCAUCACUUCGAGACAUUCCCACUUGACUCCGGUGUCUACUUCCAUGAGUCAACGUUGAUUGGAAGUGGUGCCCUCGAAACGCUGGCCACCAAUUUUGACUACCAGAAGUUUGCGGAUCUCCGCCCUCGCUCAGCAUUCAAUCUCGGUGACCAAAUCCUGAGAUGGGGUCCAUGGGAUGCUCAGGUGUCCUCUGAACUGGGUGUCGUUCUCGAUUUCGUUGCGGAGCAGCUUGAAAGCACGUCGACAAAUGACACCUCAGCCUCCCCACCAGCCCUAAACGCCGCCGCCUUCGUCACGAAGUUCGCAAUGGACUCGCUGAGUUUUACUGAACCGACGAGCGUCAAGUCAUUUGUAUGCAGAGCACUUGAGGUGCUCCAGGGUUUCAAUGGACGCAUCAAGACACUCUUGGGCCAGAGCAGCUUCAGCAUACAAUCUCAGUGCAGCCUAAUCGCCAGCGUAUACGACUACUUCCUGAUUACCGCCUUUCUGAUUUUAAAACUCUGCCAAAACGACACCUCCUUGAUGAGCGAGCAAUUUCAAAUGGAGGAGCUGGUCAAAGACUUGGCAAAGAUAGCAGUUUCGUCUCUCCUGAAGGUCGGACUGAAUCAAGUGAAGGAUACAUAUGGGCUGCUUCACGACGUACGGUUCCGAGAGAGGGGGCUUCGAGAUGAUGUGCCGGGCCUUCACUCAUGGGUAACCGUGAUGAAGGUUCUUGCGCACGCUCGGAUUCUGCGAUCGUCCUUCUGGGAUGUUACCUAUUCUGUCAUGGCUACUCCCGAGGUUGUGACAAGCCUCGAUGUCAAGGAGCAUGAACGUCUUUGGAAGGAUAUGUUCACUCUCCUUCCACUCACCGAAUUCAACGACAAUGGAAUCCUCGUUGCGGGUAGUAAGCACGAUGCCGCAGUUGAUGGCUGGGCACUACCCCAAAAGUUGCUGAAGACAGUUUUCCAGCUUUACAAGGAAAACGAACACCAACCCCCUAGCUUCAACAACUACUGUCGCGCGUUGGUUGGCCGAUGUCACUACCUCGUUCAGCAGUGGGGAUGGCGUAAAUGUGUGGCAGUCGUUGGUGUCAUCUUUGACUUCUUCGGCUCCCAAAACCUUGCACAUCUUCGUAACGAGGAGGUGUUCAGAUCUCCUAGUUUUCUAGAGGAUCUCGGUGGAAACCCGUCACUGGCCGUGGAGAAGGUUGACAAGUGCUUCCAUGUCUUCUUGAAGCUCGUGGCUUUGAGCAUCAAAAAGUUAAGUGAAGUCGGGUCGCUGAACGACAUUCGCAAUUUGGUUACUCGUACCAUGCCAAAUCACAACCGCCAACUUCUCAAGGAACAGAUAAUCCACGAGCGAGAUUUGGCGGCGUUGAGAAAUCACCAUGAUCUUCUCUGCACCCUAUUCUGGGCGUCUCCGCCCGAGUUGCGACCUGGAGCUCAUCUAUUGGAGAGGCUUGUUGUCCCGGCGAGCUCACACAAGGAGGCGUGUUUGAUCAAUCUACGGGCUUGGAGCCAAUUGGCGAAAUUCAUCAUUGCAUCAGGAGAAGCAACGACCUCUUUUAAGCCAUUCGCUCGGUGGAGGAACACCUUCUUUCAGUCGAUGAUGCAGCAGUUUGAUUCGGUUGCCUCGGAUAUGCACCAGCAGUUUCUAAUGCUGUCUAAAGAUGCCAGUAACACCAUUAAUCCGGAGAUGGUUGAUGCUAUGGUGGCUUUAAACAGAGCUGCUAUAAUGGAUGUUCUUCAACUCUCCGUGACGGUUUCUUUGGAUGUCAUGAGACAUGCACCAGACCUGGAAGCAGCCACAUUCGCCCUGAACACGCUGCAGCUUCAGCAAGUGUUCAAGCACUUCGUCGCGUGCCCUCCCCAGCUCCAUUGGUCUAUCCUUCAAGUGUCCCUAGCUACUCUGGAGAGCUUCCUGUCUCGAGUUGAUGAGUUCAAGGAUAGCGAGGAAAGCCAGGAAAGGGAGAGCCAACUUCUGAACUCGGAGCAAGCGGAUGAUGCACUCCUAGUGCUUGAUCAUGACCUCUCCGGCAACUUCUUCUCAAUGGCAAGGUGCAUCGUCUCUGUACGCGGAGAUAGAGAGCUUGGUGCGCUGGCAUCCAUUGAAAAGUUGCGGUGCACUGAACUGGUGAUUACCCUCUCGGCGAGGCUCGGCGUCAGAUUCAUGAACGCCGGUAUCCUGCGCCUUUGUGACAUGUUCAAAAGUGGAAAAUACGGACUCUUCGAGGACGUCCCGGCCAAGAUCAGCCUCGACCAGCGUAAGUAUUUGGUCUUGUUCAUCGCGACUCUUUUCAAGCAUGGUUAUGACGAUUUCGUGGAUGCCGGGUUCACCCUCUCCGAAGUGUGGAUGCUGUCGAUUGUCAAACCUCGAAAGUACCUGGCAUACGAAAAUCAGCUGGCACAAGAAUUGCAAAAGCAUGAGAAAGAAUUCGUCCCUGGAGCAGCGAUUGGACUCGCAAUCAAUCCGGACUACAAUGCAAACAGAGACAUGUUCGAAUUCGCCAUAUCUUGGAUGCGAAGAUGUCUUGGGGACGCAGGGCCAGCCCUCAGAAAGAUAAUCAUUUCGGAGCAUUCAAAGACGCUGAAGGCUGUAAUGCAGCAGAUCAAAAGGGACUUGCGAACUGUGGUUCAGAAUGCUCCGGAACACCCUAGCUAUGUGGCUUUCAUCCGGGACAUCAUCACUCUCAUCAGGGCCCAUGGUUCGGAAAUCUGUGCCGUCGACGACUUCUUCUACCAAAUCAACAAAGAAUAUUCGCCUUCAAUGCAGGACCCGCAGCUUCAGGUAGCUGGCAUGCUCUCCUACGGACUGAGACUGAGUGAGGGUGACACCAAGGUUGUCCAUCAGAUGUUCUUUUUCCUCUUCAACAACUUCAAAAUGUCGCUUAUCAAUGACAAACUACGCGACGAAGUUAAGUUGCUCCAUCAGGGCAUGAAGAACACAGGAAUCUCGGCCUUCGUUCUCGGUAAGAUGCUUCCAGCCAUCAUCCGCGCAUCUUUUCUCGAAAGCUCGGCAUUCCCACUGGUUGACGUCUACGUGGAAGUGUUGCGAGUGCUUUUGAACCGCCACGUUGUCCCGCACGAACUGACAGAAGUCGAUCUGCCGCAUCUUCUUGUUACGGUCAAGGCUUCUGUUAGCGGGUUGGACCAACUUCGCCAGAACGACGGCCCCCUGAAGGAGGAACAAAUUUACUUGCUUCGGCAGGUGUUGUCGAUGACCAAUAUUUUGUGGCCAUCCUUUCAUAUAUUCUCUAUGUCGCAAAACCCACCUGUGGCCUGGAAGGAGACAUCGCAAGCUCUCAAAUACGCAAGCAGCGGCAUCGAGACAGCUGAGAUUUACAUCGACGAUCUCCUCGAUCUUGAGGAUUACUCUCUGAAUGGAGACCUUCUCCUGUCAGGUCUGCGACGACCUACGAUCGAUUCGACACGGGUUGAUACAUACGUCAAAAACUUCACAGACAAUAUUGUAAAUGAUGUACGCAAAAAUUGGAUCGUCACCGGGAACAAGAUCACCAUCCAGGCACCCGGGAAAGGCAGAGGGAUUUCCUCGACUCAAUCUGGCCAAGGAGCAGAUAAACCAGUCUGGGAUGUAAGAAAACUGGUGGAGGAUUUACAUGAACAAACAAGAGAAUGGAAUGAUUGGUAUAAGAAGGUGUUUGGGGGACCAUCGCGGCCCGCGAGGCAUUGCGACCUCAAAAACGACCAAUUCGACGACAAACGAGGAGAGGGCGGACGGAGAAGGAACCCAGCCAUGGCCUCGCUCUUCAAUCUCCCGGAUGAAGCCAUCCUCGCGCCCUUGCUCCAGACAUUCCCCUGCCGCGAGCGCCAAAUCCGAUCUCUAGCAACGCUCCUCCACCCCGAAGCCGCACCAUGUCGCAACCUCGUCGUUCACGGAACCUCGGCGACCGGAAAGUCGGCCAUCGUCGAACAGCUCCUCGAGCGGCUGGUGGCGCACAUGUCGACGCAGCCGCAGGCCGGCGGGUUCCAGGCGGCCGUCGUCAACUCGGUGCAGUGCAUCACGGGGCGGCACCUAUUUGAGCGCAUCAUCGGCGCCGUGGCCGACGCGCUGCAGUGGGAGGACGUGCCGCGGCGCUGCGAGUCGCUGGCGCAGCUGACGGUCGAGCUGGUCAAGAUGCUCAAGUAUCCUGCGAGGGAUCCCCGCUGGCGCUUCGUGCUGGUUCUGGAUGCAGUGGAUCGCCAGAGGGAUGCGCCGUCGACGCUGCUCCCAGCUCUGGCGCGGCUAUCGGAGAUUAUCCCCUGCCUCACCUGCGUUUUCGUCGUCACCUCCCCCCCAGCCGGCUUCCUACGAACACCUGCAUCCGCCGCUCUCCAAUUCCCGCCCUACGCCAAAGCCGACUUCGUUCGCAUCCUCUCACUCACGCCGCCCGACGCCAUCACGGGAGCCACACAGCAAGAAACCGCCGACCUCUGGACCCGGUUCUGCGCAGCGGUCCACGACUCCCUUACAAAAUCCGCCUCGCGCACAUUGCCCUCCUUCCGACACAGCUGCCAUGCCCUCUGGCCUCGGUUCACAGCGCCGGUAUUGGCAGGGACACAUACCCCGAAGGAGUUCUCCAAGCUGCUGAUCGCAGCGAGAGUACACUUCCAGGACGAGUCGGUGUUGAACCCCAGCAUCGUGUCAGUCCGCUUAGGCGCCACGUCCGCCGACAACAGCAUCGCCAAGCCAGUCCCUACAACCGACCUCACAAACCUCCUCCCUACGACCGCCCGCCUCAUCCUCCUCGCCGCCUACCUGGCCUCCCACAACGCUACCCGCCACGACCUCACGCUCUUCUCUACCUACCACCACGGCCGCAAGCGCCGGCGCGGAGGAUACACAUCUUCGCGCGGCGCCCCCCGUAGCAAGCACCGCAAGAUUGCGCGCAAGCUACUCGGCGCGCACGCCUUCGUCCUCGAGCGCAUGAUGGCCAUCUUCGCAGCCGUGCGCUCCGAGUGGGCCGACGGUAGUGCCGUGGGCGCCGCCGGCCUCGAUUGCGACGUGGGCAUGGCCGUUGCGACACUGGCCAGCCUCCGCCUGCUCACGCGGGUGGGAGGCGCCGGCGACGUCAUGGACCGCGGUGGCAAGUGGAGGAUCAACGUCGGCUGGGAGGUGAUUCGCGGGAUUGGGCGCAGUAUAGGGGUUGAGGUGGAAGAGUGGUUGAUUGACUGA